AUGUGCUAAUAACCAGCUUGGUGGCGGCAGCAGAGCCAGGGGGGUGGGGUGGGGCUCUCCCUAGAAGCUCCUAGUUUUGUUUCUGAGUACUGAACAGCCUGUGCUGCACUUAUCAGUUGGCACUAUUGGACAGGACAGACAGGAAAUAGCAAAGCUUCACAAGAAGGGGACAGGCUCACGGCUGGAAUCUAAACGUCUGAACUGUCUCUUCCUCCCCCCUCCCCACCCCCUGGAGGAAGUUAAGCAGAUAUAUAGCUCGGGCGGCCAGCUCCACACUGCAGCAUCACCAUGAGGAACAGCUGGGCACCAGAGCCCAGCCCUGUGCGGGUCCUGCUGCUGUGUGCCCACAUCGUGUCUCACCUGGCCAGAGCCUCGCCUAUACCUCAGACCACCACAGCUACCUCAACGGGGACUGCAGCUAAGCAGUGCCCAGCACUGGCGGUGACCUGGCCUGCGGUGGAUGACCCACUGAAUGGAACGCUGACCUUAUCCUGCACGGCCUGCAGCCACUUCCCCCACUUCAGCAUCCUCUACUGGCUGGGCAAUGGCUCCUUCAUCGAGCACCUUCCCGGCCGGCUAUACGAGGUCGACACCAGCUGGACGCAGUGCAGCACGCACACCCAGCUGCAGAAGGCCCUGGUGCUGGAGGAGCUGAGCCCUGCCCUGCGCAGCACCAACUUCUCCUGCGUCUUUGCCGACCCAGCGCACACUGCCCAGUACCACGUCUCCUGGCAACAGCGACCCCCAUCCUCUAGUCCAGAGCCACAGCUGCCCACACCAGCAUGUCAGUAGACGCCCGAGGACCUGGAUGCCACCAGUCUCCAAGACCCAUGGCUGCCUGGUGCUCAAGUCCCCGCUGUCCCCAUCACCCCAACAGGUGACUCCAGAGCUGCUGUUCAGCAUUGUUUUCUUUCCUCUCCGGACUGUUCUGUGGAGGGAAUGGGCUCAUAAACAGCAUUUCUCAAUGAG